UCUGUUUCUUCCUAUUCUUCUAUUUUUCAACUUCAGUUUUCUCGACUUGCUCUUGUUUCAGUCUUCAUUGGAAUGGAUGCCACAGCACCAAAUUCAGAACGUCGACCAUUUUCAAUCAAACUGUGGCCCCCAAGUGAGAACACACGAUUAAUGCUUGUUGAGCGUAUGACGAACAAUCUUUCAAAUCAAACUAUUUUCACCCAGAAGUAUGGCAGUUUGAGUAAAGAAGAUGCUGCAGAUAAUGGCAAACAAAUCGAAGAUGCAGCAUUUGAAACUGCAAAUAAACAUUAUGAAAAGGAGCCUGAUGGUGAUGGAAGUUCUGCAGUGCAACUUUAUGCUAAGGAAUGCAGUAAGCUCAUGCUGGAAGUUCUUAAAAGGGGCCCUGGAAGCAAGGACAAAGGGUUUGUGAAAUCUGAGGUAGUUAAUGCAGCCCACGAAACCUUUUUUGACAUAUCGAAAGGUCAGCGGGCCUUUAUUGAAACAGAGGAGGCUGAGGAACUUCUAAAGCCAUUGAAAGAGCCAGGAAAUUCUUACUCAAAGAUAUGUUUCAGCAAUAGAAGCUUUGGCUUAGGAGCAGCCCGUGUUGCAGAGCCCAUCUUGGCAUCCCUCAGGGAUCAGUUGAAGGAAGUUGAUCUGUCAGAUUUUGUUGCAGGAAGAUCUGAGGCUGAAGCCCUUGAUGUCAUGAAUAUAUUCUCAACGGCUCUGGAAGGUUGUGUCUUGAAGUCUCUGAACCUUUCUGACAAUGCCUUGGGGGAGAAGGGUGUCAGGGCAUUUGGAACGCUUCUGCAAUCACAGAGUAGUUUGGAGGAACUUUAUUUGAUGAAUGAUGGUAUCUCGGAGGAAGCUGCACGAGCUGUUUGUGAGCUAAUUCCUUCCACUGAGAAGCUUAAAAUUCUCCAAUUCCAUAAUAAUAUGACUGGAGAUGAAGGGGCUGUUGCUAUUUCUGAAGUUGUGAAACGUUCACCCUUGUUGGAAAACUUCCGAUGUUCCUCUACUAGGAUAGGUUCUGAAGGAGGAAUUGCCUUAUCUGAAGCACUUGAGACAUGUACCCGUCUGAAGAAACUCGAUCUGCGGGACAACAUGUUUAAUGUAGAAGUUGGUAUUCUGCUGGGUAAAGCUCUUUCUAAAAAUGCAAAUCUCACAGAAAUUUAUUUGAGCUACCUGAAUUUGGAAGAUGAGGGAGCAAUCGCUAUAGCCAAUGUUCUCAAGGAUUCAGCCCCUGCACUUGAAGUCUUGGAGAUGGCUGGAAAUGAGAUAACUACUGAAGCUGCUCCUAGCUUAGCUGCUUGUAUAGCGGUGAAGCAGCUUCUCACCAAGCUGAACUUGGCUGAGAAUGAGCUCAAGGAUGAAGGUGUCAUGCAGAUCAGCAGGACAUUGGAAGAAGGCCAUGUCCAAUUAAAGGAAGUUGAUAUGAGCGUCAACUCUAUAAGUAGGGCUGGGGCUAGGAUGUUGGCUCGGGCUGUGGUGCAUAAGCCUGAAUUUAGGCUGCUGAACAUUAAUGGGAAUUAUAUCUCCGAUGUAGGCAUUGAUGAGUUGAAAGAUAUAUUCAAGAAGUCUCCUGACAUGCUUGGGCCCUUUGAUGAGAAUGACCCCGAUGGAGGAGAUGAUGAUGGUGAAGAAUCUAAUGACGCGGGUGAAGGCAGUGAGAAUGAAUUGGAAUCAAAACUAAAGAAUCUUGAUGUCAACCAAGAGGAUUAGAUGCUCUCUCACACCAGGUGUUGCUUAUCGGGUUCUCCAUCCAGAUGUGACAUCAAAAAUUGAUAUUACUCUUCUCUUUAUUUCAUCAUUUGUUUUACUGCUAUGUUGGAUCUUGCUAUGCACGAGCUGGGGCAGUUGUAGUGGUUCCAGCCGAAGCUAACAGAUUCUCCCAUCCGUAGGUUUAUCUUCGAUGGGAUGAUAUUUUUCCUUUAUAUGUUGGCUUAGCUUAUUUGAAACUUAUGUAAUAGCUAUUUUAGCUAUAUUAGCUAACAAUGCUGUCUUUUGGCAUGCGCUCUCGAUCA